GGAGGUUUUUUUUUUUUUUUUUGUGAAUUAUUUUGAUAAAUUUGACUUAGGAUUGUUUUUUUAAUUAUAUAAAGAGUAUUUUUUGGUGGACAUUCUAAUAAAUUAUUUUGAUAAAUUAAUAUAUUUUUUAGGUUAAUUAAGGACUUUUUUUCCCUCGUAGACAAAAUCUGGUAAUUGUUAAAAAUUUUAAAAUUUUUUUCAUGUUAGCAAAUUUUAGUAAAUUUGAGAAUUUUUAAAUAUUUUAAAUUUUAGGCAUUUUUGUCUAUAUACAUAAAUUAUGGAGAUUAUGUCAUUUAAUCAAUCGUAUUGCCAAAUUAAGUAUGAAAUAAAUCUUGUACCAAGAAACAUGAGAGGGGAACGGUCCACUCUGGCCUAGUGGCCUUGGACCCUAGGUUAGGGCUGUUCACCUCCGUGGGUUGCACGUUCGAGCUCCACGGAACCCUUUUCCCUUUUCCCCAAUUAGCUUGUAAAUAAUUACAAAUUGAUUAAAAAAAAAAAAAAAAGAAGAAGAAGAAGAAGGAAACAUGAGAGGGGACUAUUAUUAUCUUCUCAAAUCUAAUCCAGUUCCAUCGUAUUGGUUUUAUCCAGUCCAGCACUAUCCCAAGCUGCAUUUCAAACGAGCCCUUAACAGUCUCUGAUUUAGUACAGAUACUUACUACUUUGCUAGACAAUUUUUAGAUCUCUGCAAGUAGAAUCUCAGAAAAAAAAAAUGUACCGAAUCAUGAAAAGUAAUCCUGUAUCGUAGAGUGACAAGAAUGGUAAAUACUUUUUGUCAAGAAAGGAUGGAGAAAAGUAAGAUUAUAUACCUGUAAAUUUUUUUAAUCCUUGGUUGAUCUGAGUAAAGGAUCAGACUUAUCUGUGAUCUGUUGAUGUGAGUGAGGGCUUCGAUUCUUCCGUGAUUCUCGCUGAAGAUUUCGUGAUAUCUUGGUCGAUGCAAGGUAGAUCUCCAAUUUAUCGGUGAUCGGUGAUCGGCGAUUGGCGAUCGGCGAUCCUUGCUUCAGUUCCUGUUUAUGUGCUUCACGGCUCCCGUGUUUCGUGGUACUCCGACAAAAACCAUAGCUGAUUUGCCAGAUAAUAGGUAUUAAAAGUGUAUUAAUUGUCUAUCUUUUAAUGUAUAGAAAAAUGCAAAAAAUUUCAUCUUUUAACGUUAUCAGCACAGGCAUAAUUUUAAUUGGAAGGUCAAUAAAAUUAAAUUAGUUUU